AACAAACAUGCCUUUCAGUUAGUGUAUCUUGAUUGGUAUGGAGUGCGCACGGAAGUCAACGAACUAGAAUAUAAAAAAGUGCAUAAAAAUAUAAUUAAAUUUCUUUGCUAUAUUCUGUCACUGUUUUAGUUCUUUUCUUGUAUUUUUGAAUAUAUAGUUCAAACUGUUCACCACACAGUUUUCACUUAUUGGUUGGUACAACUGGUAACCUGAUACAAUUGUACCAAAUAUGUAAUAUGAACAAAUUAGCACCGGUUAUUGCACGUGGCUGCAGGUAGAAUACUAUAAAGAAUUGUUUCAGAUUUGCGCGGGUGUAGAAUGCUCAUGAGAUCCGAAUUAUGAACGGAUGAGUGUUCAAAAACUGGAUUAUUAUUUUGUUUUUUGUAACAUGGCGCACCGGGGCCUGUCUUACAAGAUUUACAUUUUUUUAAAAUUAGUUGAUGCCAGUAAAUACUGAACUGAAAUAUUUGUUGUUUAAUAUAUUUUUUUUCAAUUUUUGAUAUGUUGCAACCUAUAAAGCAAAUUCUAGAUUCGCAGCGAAUUGUUCUAGCAAGUACUUCUCCCAGAAGGAAAGAGAUUUUGACCAAUCUUGGGUUGAAAUUUGAGGUAUGUCCUUCAUUGUAUGAUGAGAAAAAUUUAGAUCCCAGCAACUAUCCAAGCCCUUCAGCGUUUGUAGUUGACACUGCGUUUCGUAAAGUAGAAGAAGUUGCAAGAAGGCUUGGUAAUAGUAAUAAUUCUUCCACACCUGAUUUAAUAAUUGGAGCCGAUACUGUUGUGUCAUUAGAAGGGAUAAUCUUUGGGAAACCCGACAAUGAAGAUACAGCAUUUAAAAUGUUGAAACAACUCAGUGGAAGACAUCAUGAAGUGUAUACUGGAGUAACUCUUAUGUACCAACAGAAAACUGUGAAAUUCUUUGAUAGCACUAAAGUAUAUUUUUCGUCAAUGAGUGAUGAAACUAUACAAAAAUACAUUGAAACAGGAGAGCCAUUGGAUAAAGCUGGUGGCUAUGGUAUUCAAGGACCAGGUGGCAGCUUAAUUGAGAAGAUAGAUGGAGACUUUUAUACGGUUAUGGGACUUCCACUUCAUAAGCUAUGUAGGCAUAUUUUAGAGUUGUAUAAUUCUUAGUUGUUAUCAAUAUCAUUGUAAUAUUUUUCUUGUGUCAAUUUAUGUUGCUGAUUUAUGUAUACUCAGGUACUUACUGAGUUAGCAUUCUUGAUAUUUCUAAAAAUCUUCAUUGUAUGAAUGUAAAUUUGAAUUCACCCUAUCUUAAUGUAAAUUCGAUUGAAUGUGUAAUGUGCAUUAUCAGGAGGUAAGAAUGUUAAUGUCUGUGGGGAUUAACAUUUGUGUUGACUAUUUGUAUGUGUCAAUUAUUUUUAAAUUUAUUAUUAUAAGACCUACAAGAACUCAUGAGACUGUCCUGAAGAACAUUGAUUCUAUAUUGCAUGAAUAUCCUCCCAGUUAUAACACGUAGGCAGAAGCAAAUGUGGAAAAAGCUUACAAUGAGUGACCUGAACUCUCUAGAAAGCAUAAAAUCAAGGAUCCUAAACAGCUCUAUAGGCAUUUUGAUAUUGCAUGAUUCAGACUAGCAUAGGAGCUGGGGCAGGAAUCCUUCCUCAUAGGUUACCGAAGAUGCCAAUUGCAACUGCCAUCUACCAAAGAAAUAUUAAGUACCAGAGAAACCAGGCAGAAAUCUGAAUGUAUAGCCUAUUCUAUGUACCAAAAGAAAUUGGAUCAGACCUGGCUAUGAAUUGAGAGGCCCAAUUCAGAGUGCUAAGCAUGACUUCCAUCACAGACCAAGAAAAAUGUCCACAACCCAUUGGAGGGGUGCUACAGAUGUGCUGUACAGAAAACUGUAAUAAAUACCACUUCAUCAGAUGCAAAAGAACAAUACCUUUAACUGAAUGUGUAAAAACAAAUUGAGGUAUUUUUGUGUGUUCUUCCAUUAUUUUCAUUCAUUCAUGAUGAGUACCUUUUAAUUUAAAAUUUAAAAAAUUUAACUGUUUACCUUUUAAAAGCAGGUCUUAAGAGAGAAAAAAUUGAAUGUGUAAGAUGUUUUUCUUUUUACUUAAAAGAGAAUGUAUGAAUGUUUGUUUUGUAUACAAAUCUAGUUUCAUUAUGGCACACUUUCAAAAACGAGGAAUGUUAUUGUGCACCCAAGAUUUGGAAUAAUCUAAAUUGCACCUCCCUUUUCCACACUCCAGACAGCACAAUAUAAGUACUCAUUGUCAGUGGAUUUUAGAUAUCUGGAAAAUAGUGAGGGAAGCAGCCAAAGUCGAGUGAAUUUUUGAGAGCCUGUACAUACUUUUGGAUUAAGCUCCAAUCGAAGUUUAAAUUCAGUUCCUACCUAUCACUUUCCCAAAAAGUGUUAUAUUCUGUUGUAUAUGUUUUGGCUAUGCACAGAGGAGUGGUGCCCACAGAGUACAGUUAAAUCAGGAACAGAUGCAUGUGUGGGAGAGAUGAGAAGCCUUGGAAAUAAAAUUACAAUUGUAUUUCUAAUUUACCCUUUAUAGAAUUCAUUCAUUUUCCUCACUAAUAGGUGAUUGUGAUAAAUACAUGGGUAAUGCUGGAUUACUUCAGCUAAUGUAAAAGUAUAUAUAUGUGAAAUUUCCUAGUUUAAAUAUCAAUCGAAAAGGUAAAUAGUGCAUACUGUUUAACUGGAGAGGUUUUUUCAAAAGUUGUCUGGUUUUCUCUCGCUGUUUUGCAGCAAGUUUUAAAUUAAAUAAAUUGUAAAUUGUGAUAGUCUAUAUCUGGAAUAGCAACUUUCUGGAAAAUGCAGGAAAAGUGCCGUUUCAUUGAUUUGGAAAAGUCUGGUAAAUCGGAAUUUUGAGAAGAAUUGGUACAGUGUUGCCGGUUGCAACUACACGUUAGUAUAGUUAUUUAUGUCUCUUUUCUUUUUCUUUCUUUAAUCAUUGAAUCUCACAAGAUUUCCUCUGAAUCCA